ACAGGGUGCAACCUCUUAAGGUCUUUCCAUCAUCUUUGUACACCAGAAAGAAGUGGUAUCGGUAGCCUGUGAAGCUACUCCUGGAUACUGUGAGAGUGUGUGCAAGGUCGAAGAUGCACUUUACAAAUCUAUUCGGUGCAUUGGAUGUCGCUCAAUAUGCCUCAACCUCUUCUUAUACACUCAACUCACCAAGGCAUGAGAUAGGCUCUUGGCCAUCAUCCUCACAAGCUUCUCCGAACUCGAUAUCUCCUUCAGGAUGGUCUACAGUAUCAGUCGCAAACAAGCAGACUGCGAUACCCACAGCACCUCUUUGUGAAACAGAUCAAAUGCAUGGUCAUCAAUCGGAUGAUAUACUAUCCAAAGAAAGUGAACGAACACGGAUACGAAAGGAAAAGCAAAGUUGGCAUUAUAUCAUUAGAAGUGGUUUGGCUGGAGGUGUGGCAGGAUGUGUUGCUAAAACGGCAAUCGCACCAUUGGAUCGUGUAAAGAUUUUAUUUCAAGCACAAAAUCCAGAAUAUCAAAAGUAUAGUGGAAAAUGGACUGGUGUCUUUGUUGCGGGAAGAGAAAUCGUUCGAAGUGAUGGUACGGCUGCUCUGUUUCAAGGACAUAGUGCAACUUUACUACGAAUCUUUCCGUAUGCUGCAAUCAAGUAUAUGGCAUAUGAUUCUCUACACUUCUUGCUCAUGCCAACAAAAGAGAUGGAAACAUCGGGAAGAUUGUUCUUUGCUGGGGCUGUAUCUGGGGUAACUUCCGUUUUUAUCACAUAUCCGCUUGAGCUGAUUCGUGUCCGACUAGCCUUUGAAACCAAACGGAAGAAGCAAAGUGGAAGUUUGAUGCGCAUCAUUCGAAAGAUCUAUACGGAAGGAAGUACAGAAGCACCUUUUAGCGGAGAUGCUCGUAAACGUGCCGGUCAAAGAGGAUUACAGGCUGCCGGAGCAUCUACAGGAUCUGCGAAUUUAUCAACAUCUGCUAUUCAAAAUGCAGCAAUUGCUAAUGGUGCAACUGCUGCCAGUCCAAUUCCGACAUCACCAAUCCCAACACAGACAGCAGUGGCCACUCAUCAAUUACUACAAAGAUUUCCCAUUCUCAAAUUUUAUCGUGGCUUCGCAGUUACGGUGAUGGGUAUGAUUCCAUAUGCCGGUACUUCAUUCUUGGUCUUUGGUCGAUGCAAGGCUCUUUUGCAAUCGACAUUCGGACCUGAUGCACAAAGGAGUGGUCAAGGUGCAUUAGCAUGGUGGCACCCUUCAAAGACUACGAUCGAUCUUAGUGCAGGUGCAUUGGCAGGUGCGAUAAGUCAAACUGCCGCUUAUCCAUUCGAAGUAGUUCGAAGACGUCAACAGAUUGGAGGAAUCAUUCGACCUGGAAAUAUUUUAGGUGUUUCUGAAACUGCUUUAUGGAUUUAUCGUACAAGUGGCUGGCGUGGAUUUUACGUUGGUCUAAGUAUUGGAUUUUUAAAGGUUGUUCCGAUGACAAGUAUUAGCUUUGCCGUUUGGAUGGCAAUGAAAAGAUCGAUGGGAAUUUAAAUCACUAUUGCACUGUUGUACUUUAUACCCUUUUGCUUGUUUUGCUAUAUGCUCAUUUACGGAGGAAUACCAUCCUAUUUUCCGCUUCCCAUGC